UAAACGUCGCGCGAAGUGAUUCCACACGUACCGCUACUUUUUUCUUAAAUAUUUCAAAAAUGGAAAGCGAUACUAAUGAAAAUUACGAAAAUUUCUACACAGAAGAAGAUGCUCAAAAGCACGAAAAAUUAGUAGAAAAAGUCCUUAGUUUGAAUAAGACUCAACAUAUUAGAAAACCAUCUCGUACAGAACCCACGUUGCAAAUAUCAGAAUUCAACUUAGUUAAAUGCAGCGCUGGUGAUAAAGGUUCUGUCGAGAUAAACGAUCUCACCAAGUCAUUGCGAAACCGGAAAAGUCGACUCCGAAUAAAAGAAAAUGUUAAAAGGGUCCAUAAGGGUUCACACACCCUUCCCAGGCCCUUGGAAAAGCCCCAGGCAAACAAAAUUCGCAGAACGGUGGCUUAUGAGAAAACACGGUUGGAGUUGGAUAGGUGGGAAGCGACGGUGACUGCAAACCGCGUUUCUACUAAUUUAUCGUUCCCUUUGAAUGAUGACGUCAAGAUGGACCAGAAAGAGUUUGACAAUUUUGCAAGUAUGUGGCGAGUAAAGUCGAAACUGACAGAGGAGUUGGAAAAACAUGAGCCUACAGUUGAAGAGUAUCAUAUUAAUUUAGAACAAGAGAAGUUUCCUUUAACAAUGAAAGAAAUGUUAGCUAGGCGAAAGGAAGCGGCGAAGAUGAGGGCGUAUCAGGGGUAUAAGGAGGCUGAGGCUCGGAGGCAGAAUAAAAUUAAGAGUAAAAAGUAUCACAGGAUACAGAAGCGAGAGAAAAUCAGAAAGAAAUUAAAGGAAUUUGAGCAGCUGCUGAAAACAAAUCCAGAAGAGGCACUCAAAAAAUUAGAGGAAAUUGAGAAAUCGAGAAUCGAGGAAAGGUUUAGUUUAAGACACAAAAGUACAGGGAAGUGGGCAAGAAAUCAACAGAUUAGAGCUAAAUAUGACAAAGAGAGUCGACAAAAUCUGGCCCAACAGUUAACAGUAAGCCGAGAACUGACUCAGAAGUCAAAAACAAAUAGAAGUUCGUCAGAAGAAGAAGAUGAAGACGUUGAAAAGGCCCCUAGAGGGAUUGAUGAAACUAAUCCGUGGCUAAAUGGUGUCAAACCUGGAAAAGAAGUUGCCGAUUUUAUUACCGGAUAUCGAAAAUACUGGCUGGAACAAAAUAAGAUAGCGCAAAAAUCGGAUGCAGAGAGAACUGAAGAUGGGCUAGAAAAUUCCGAAAAUGUAGACUCAAAUUUAGCUAAAUUUGACCAACCAGAAUCCAACAAAAGUGUUUUAUUGAAAAAGAGAAAGCAGAAAGUUGUAACUUCGGAUUUAAGCUUUGAUGUUGAAGAAACUGUUAAGAAAUUAAAAAAAGACAAAAAAGUUCCACUAAAAAAGAAAAAACAAAAAACGAACCAACACCCAACUAAUUUAAUUAUACCCAAUAUUGUUACAACUGAAGAAGUAGAUGACCAACGAGCGGUAAUUUCUGAAGCUUUUGAAGACGACGAUAUUGUUGACGAAUUCAAUAAAGAUAAAAGUAAUGAGGCUGAUAAAGAUAAACCUAAAAAUAUUAAUCUUACAUUGCCUGGGUGGGGUUCAUGGGGAGGAACUGGCAUUAAAGUAAAUAAACGAAAGAAACGACGUUUCACGAUGAAGGCGCCUAAGAAAAUCCCCAGAAAAGACGAUAAUAAAGGAUUUUUGAUCAUAAAUGAAAAUGCACAAAACAAAGUUAAAGAAGACAUGGUUUCAGAGGUUCCUUUUCCUUUCAAAACUGUCAAGGAUUUUGAGGCUAGCAUAAGGGCACCAAUAGGCAAUACUUUCAUGCCAGAAACAGCGUACAAAAAACUAAUAAAACCGGCCCUUACUACGAAAAUGGGAACUAUUAUUGAACCAAUGAGCAAAGAUUUGCUUUUAAAUAAAAACAGUUGAUUUUAAAUGGAAGUUUUUAAUUAAAACAAUGUA